AGAGAUGCAUACAUGAGUGAGGGCUGCAAACGUUGCAACUGUAGGAGGUCUAAGUGCUUGAAACUUUAUUGUGAGUGCUUUGCAGCUGGCGUUUAUUGUGUGGAUUCUUGUGCAUGUGUAAACUGCUAUAACAAGCCUGAGUUUGAGGACACAGUUCUUGAUAUACGUCAGCAAAUUGAAGCUCGUAAUCCACUUGCAUUUACUCCAAAAGUUGUCGACAAUGCCAUUGGUUCUUCGCCCAACUUUACGGAAGAACAGGACUUGACGACCCCAUCCUCGGCCAGGCACAAGAGAGGUUGCAAUUGCAAGAAGUCAAAGUGUCUGAAAAGAUACUGUGAAUGCUUCCAGGCUAAAGUUGGAUGUUCCAGCGCGUGUCGAUGUGAGGGUUGCAAAAAUACGUUUGGCGUUACUCCAGAACCAGUAUAUAACAGAGCUAAAAGGUGGGCAUCCCACCCUGCUGAGAAGCUGGAUAAUGUGAAGGGUGCUAUUGCUUGCAUCAAGGCCCCGGGUAUCAUUCAUUACUCACCGACAUGGGAAGGAAUUUCUGAUAUAAGCAAGCUUACACCUUUGUCACAUCCUUGCUCACGCGCAGCGUUUUCUUCAGCUUCAUCAAGUAGCUCUGCAAAAAUUCCACAAGCCCAGUUGCCAUCAAGUCAGCUUCAGCCAUCAGGUGCACAUUAUGACAUACCCUAUGAUGAUACACCUGAGAUACUCGAGGAAACUUCUAACCCCACCAAGGUUGUAAAGGCUAGCUCACCAAAUCAGAAACGUGUGUCACCUCCACAAUCCCAAUCCCGGUUAAGAGAAAGAUCUCCAACAGGCUUGAGAAGUGGCCGCAAAUUCAAUUUGCAGGCUAUGCCUUCUUUCCCUCCUCUUACACCGCACCGUAAUUCCAAAGAAGGCACUAAUGAAAUUGAGAAUGAUGAUAAAUAAUCUGCCAACAAGAACAUUUGGACAACACACAAGAAGUUGGGCAAGGCAUGACUCAGAUAGCUUUCACAUCUGAUUGUAGAAAAUCUGCAUACAACUGUCUUCUGCAGGACACCAUCUAUCGAUCUGCUUCCAACUUUACAAGCUCAGUGAAAGAAUGCUUCUGUAUUUCCAGAAGUUUGGUAAGCCUUAUUGCAAAAGGCAGUGCUAAUUGUUGGCCUUCAUUGUAAUACCAUUGCAAAAGUUUUGUAAUAUCAAGUGUAAUUGUCAUUUAAAGAUUUAGUCCUUGGAUUAUUUUGCAGCUUUUUUCUUUUUUCUUUUUGGUGUCUCUGUACUGUAAUCCUGUAGAUAUAUAAAGUCUAUAAUCUUUAC